AUGUCGGGUGUUUGUCAUGCCUCCCUGACAUCAGAAGAGCUCUCUCUGUGCCAUGUCAACUGUUCUGCAGCACUAUUCCUCCUGUAGCGCUACAGGGAGUGCUUUGAGGACAUCGGCACAGCCCUGAAGCAUGCCUACCCCAGUCAUCUGCAACACAAACUACAGGACAGACGCAUAAAGUGCCUCAACCACCUCCAAAACCAGGGAGAGGGGCUAAACACCCUAAGACAGGGAUAAGAGGACCAGGCAGAGGGUGUGUGUAGCAGGCCCAGGGGCACAAAGUCCCCAAACUCCCAUCAGCAACAGAAUGGGAGUGCUCCUGUGUCAUGUCUCUCCCCUGGUGUGUCUGUCUGAUUCAGCCCUGGGAAAGGUGGCCACCGAAGGAACUACGCCCGGGAGAUGAUAUUGGAGGACAGGGCUUACAGCUGUGUGCUCAUAUCAUGGACGGAGGGAGGGAAAGGGAGGAAGGGACAGAGCUGGAUAAAGAGAAGAGGAGUGACUGAGAGAAGAGUGUUUGGGACCCAUUGUCAUCGGUGUUUGGGGGAGAUUGUGAGCACCGUGCCGUGUGAGGGGUGCAGUUACGCCCGGUACUGCUCGAGGGGGGUGUGGGAGGGGCAUCAUCGCUGGGAGGGUCCAAUCGGAGCCGAGCUCAGGGCUCCGGGGGUGAUGUCACAGCUGGCACUGAGGGUGGUGUUGAAGGCAGGGCUUAAGGAGAUAUUGAAUGAGGACAGUGAUUCUAAACAAAUCAGAGAGAAGAUUGGCUUAGAACAGGCAUUCUUGGGACUAAUCACAUAACAUUUCAGCCCAAAGGAGAAGGAUUCUGGGUCCAGUGAUACCACGAGAGCCUUGGACAACGUUGUCGACCCCUCUGCGUGUUACCAUGGCGACUCCUACAUGAGCGUCUACCACCUGCUGCUUCACCUGAUUAGCCACGCCCCCAGCCUGCACUACCGGUGCUCCAUCACCACAGCAACGCUCUAUCUGUGCCUCUGCCAGGCCAGACCUCCACCUGCGUCCUGGGAGAGUGCCUGUGUGAGCAAAAAGUACAACAACCAAUCGCAGGGCCAGGAGGAGGAUGAGAAAGAGAGAUGGUGCUGGGUGGUGGAGCUAAGCCUGCUGGGAAGUGUAGUUCUGAGACACAUGCUGAAGCUGCGGUGUGAUGUCCAGGCAGUAAGCCUGCUUAGAGAUACAGGUGACUUUAAUGUGGUGCAGUCCAGCCAGGACGUGUGCAUUGCCACGGCCAUAUUUCCCAAGCUGAGUGUUCUGAACCAGUCCUGCAGCCUCAACACCAGCCUCACUUUCAGAUACUCACACACACACACUACUCACUUGGACUCACCUCAACCAGACCUAUGCUCUUCUGAUGAACUGGUUUCUACUGUCAAUCAAUCACAUCAGCCAAUCAGAGAGAGUCCUGGUUCCUGUUCUACUUCUCGCUCCGUGUCAGAUGGAGUAUCUGUCUCUAUCAGAACAUUCAGAGACAUAUCUCGUGGACAGGUGAUCCUCUACUGCUAUGGUGAGGAAGAGGUUCUGUCCGUCUGUCUGUCAGUCUGUCCAUAUGUACACUACCGUUCAAAGAGAGAUUGA